AUGGUAGUUGCAUUCCUGAUCAGUGGUCAGUUGACUUUGGAGUAUUUAGUGGUGAAAUCAGAAACUUCAAAUAAGUCUUUAAUGGAUUAUUGCCUAAAAAUAUUGGACGUAAGUGCUAACCAUAAUAUAAAUAAAAUCGUUUUAGAAAUUUCAAAUCUUUACGAGGAUCAAGAAAUUCCAAAGUUAGAUACAGACGCUUUGCUGUCAAAAAAACGUUCGCGUAUUCAGCAAGAAGAGUCAGCUAAAGAAAAUAUCUUUCAGGAAAAUCUGUUAAAUUCGGUGGCAAAAGCAUCCAAUACCUUUAGCAAGAUGUUAAAUAAGACACAUGAUCUUUUAAGUAUUGAUGAAUCAACAUCAUUGUCUGAAAGAUUGACUUUAGAUGACGAGAAUGAUCAUAUAAGUACAAAAGCGUAUGAAUAUUUGAUGUUGUUUGAUCAAAUUAUAGAAUAUCCAUUAGAGGAAGAAGCUACUAAAACAGAUUUGAUUAAUCUUGAGAAUAACGAUAUUAAGAAAGACAAAGUUAUUUGUGAAUUGGAAAAAACAAUACAUGAUCUGAGUAAAGUAGCCACAAAAUUUCGAUAUUUAUCAAACACUCUUCCCCUUCCAAUACUAAAGUACGAUCAAUCUCAAUAUCCAGAUAUACAUAUUAUUAAAAGUAUUUCAAGUCAUAUAGACAGUAUUAUUAAAUUAGAAGGAAUUUUAGAAAAUACUUCAGAACGAUCUUGGACAGCACAUGUUUUAGCCUACUUUUUUUUCAUUACUUUUAAUUUCCUGGAUUUUAUACAAUACUUCUUGUGUGAACGAACCAUAUCUAUAAAGUCGGAUUUGCAAGACACUGAUUAUAAAGCAGAUAGAGUCACAGAAUUCUUCAAAUGGCUAAACCAAAUCCCAAUAUUUUUACUUGAAGUCUCCGGAGAUUCUAAUAAUCUGGAUCCUGAUAAAUGUAACACAGACAGACAAAAAUUAAUGAAGGAAGGUGUCUUUGCUCUCAACAAGUUUAUGACAAGAACAAGUUUGCCAACAUAG